ACUCCAACAUGGCGGCCGCGGCGGCCGGAGGUGGCGGGAAGAUUGUAUAUGAACAGGAUGGGGUGUUUAUUCAUUCAUCUUGUGGAAAGAUCAACGAUCAGGACAGUCUGAUUUCAGGAAUAUUGCGUGUCCUAGAAAAGGAUGCUGAAGUAAUAGUGGACUGGAGACCUUUGGACGACACUUUUGAUUCUUCCAAUAUCCUCUGUGCCGGAAAGGACUCCAGUUCAGUUGUGGAGUGGAUCCAGACCCCCAGAGAGAAAGGACGUCGAGGGUCAGAGCACCAGACUGGUUAUGAAGCAGAAUGGGACAUGGUCAACACGGUUUCUUUUAAAAAGAAACCCUGUACUAAUGGAGAUGCGUCAAGCCGUACGAACGGGAAGAGCAAAUGGUCCUUCCUCUUCAGUUUGACAGACCUGAAGUCGAUCAAGCAAAACAAAGAGGGCAUGGGGUGGUCUUACGUGGUGUUUUGCCUGAAGGAUGACGUCCUCCUUCCCGCCCUCCACUUCCAUCACGGAGAUAGCAAACUACUGAUCGAGGCGCUUCAAAAAUACGUGAUGUUGUGCGAAUCUUCACAGGACAAAAGAAUUCUUCUUGUGAAUUUCCAUAAUAAAAGUCUGUCGCAGUCUUUCGAAAAUCUCCUCGACGAACCAGCGUACGGCUUAAUACAAGCAGGACUGCUAGACAGAAGAAAGCUGGUGUGGGCCAUGCACCAUUGGAAAAAAAUAAAGAAGGAUCCCUACACAGCCACCCUGGUGGGAUUUUCUAGAGUCACAAACUACAUUUUUGACAGCUGGAAAGGCAGCAACCCUUCAGCUCAUCAGAGGCCCCCUUCAGAAAUGGCAGAUUUUCUUAGUGACGGGAUUCCAGGCUUAAAGAUAAAUCAGCAGGAAGAACCAGGAUUUGAAGUCAUCACAAGGAUUGAUCUGGGAGAACGGCCUGUUGUUCAAAGGAGAGACCCCGUGUCACUUGAAGAAUGGAAUAAGAGCAUGGAUUCCGAAGGAAGGAUCUUAAAUGUCGAAAGUAUGAAGGAAAAGAUUUUCCGAGGGGGCCUCUGCCAUGCAGUAAGAAAGCAAGCAUGGAAAUUUCUUCUGGGUUAUUUUCCCUGGGAUAGUACAAAGGAGGAACAGGCUAGUUUGCAAAAGAGAAAAACAGAUGAAUAUUUCAGGAUGAAACUACAGUGGAAAUCUAUCGGUGAGGAACAAGAAAAAAGAAAUUCAAGGUUACGCGAUUACAGGAGUCUAAUAGAAAAGGACGUUUACCGGACAGACCGGACCAAUAAGUUUUAUGAAGGUCAAGAUAAUCCAGGACUGAUCCUACUUCAUGAUAUUUUGAUGACCUACUGCAUGUAUGAUUUUGAUUUGGGAUAUAUUCAAGGAAUGAGUGACUUGCUUUCCCCCGUUUUGUACGUAAUGGAAAAUGAAGUGGAUGCGUUUUGGUGUUUUGUAUCUUACAUGGAUCAAGUGCAUCAGAAUUUCGAAGAGCAAAUGCAAGGCAUGAAGACACAGCUUAUUCAACUGAGUGCUCUCCUCCACCUUCUAGACAGUGGUUUUUGCAGCUACUUAGAAUCUCAAGACUCAGGAUACCUGUAUUUUUGCUUCCGGUGGCUAUUAAUCCGAUUCAAAAGAGAGUUUAGUUUUCCAGAUAUUCUUCGAUUAUGGGAGGUCAUGUGGACCGAGUUGCCGUGUCAGAACUUUCAUCUUCUCCUUUGUUGUGCUAUUCUGGAAUCUGAAAAGCAGCAAAUAAUGGAAAAGCAUUUUGGUUUCAAUGAAAUACUCAAGCAUAUCAAUGAGCUGUCCAUGAAAAUUGAUGUGGAAGAUGUGUUGUGCAAGGCAGAAGCAAUUUCUCUACAAUUGGCGAAAUGCAAGGAAUUGCCUCAGUCGGUCUGUGAGAUCCUGGGUCUGCAGAAUAGCGAGCUCACGUCACCAGAUUUGGACACUGGAGGUGAAAAUGUUUCCGUGAUUAGGUGCCCUCCCUCCUCAUUUCAAAAUAGCUCAUUCCCGGAAAUUGCGGCCAAUGGAACGAGAGAUGAAGACGCCCCAAAGAUAGCUAUGUCACAAAGUGUCAACAGAUUAACACCCGCCUGAUCGUUUUCCCGUAUUUAUGAAGAGACACUCUGAUGCAAUUCUGUUUCAAGUACUUGAAAGGUGCAUAUUUAAAAUUUCGUGUGAAUUAUGCUUUAGGGUUUUUGGAAAGAAAGUGUAACGUGCUGUUCUUGCAUUAAAGCUUUACAAAAAGAUUUAAGCUAAUUAUUUUUGUAGUUACUUCUCCCAAAUAGCCUUUUCUUUUGAAUAACAUUCCUUAGUAUUUUUAUAGCCAAGUGCAUUUUAUUUUCUUGCCAAUGAACUGGAAACAGAUAGCAGAAACGGAUGAGUUGGAAAUUAUGCACUUUGAAUAUCUUUCACUUUGUUUACUCUGAGUGUCGGUGGGUCUGUGACUUGAUUCGAUUCAGAGUUGAGUUUAUGUACAUCUUUACAAGCUCUAAGGUUGCUUGUUUCCACGUGAAGCCUUCCGGAAAUGAGAGGUUUGUUUGUUCUCAACUGUUUACAAAAAUGCACUGCUUCGAUAUGUGUGCUGGUUGAGUACAGCUUGGAAUUGGACAUUUUUUUAUCAGUCAGUCAGUGGUAUUUAUUGAGCGCUUAUUGUGUGCAGCGCACUGUACUAAGUGCCUGGGAGAUGUCCAUAAACGAUCUUUGCUUCACCGAGUGGACAUAGGCUCUAUUUUUUACAUGUAACAUCACUUGCGUAUAAAUAUUAUGGUCCUCUAUUUAUGAACAUUGAAAGGACGGACAUUUUCUUUAUUAGAUUAAAUAAACUCGGUGGUGAUUUGUACAAGGCAGUUUGACGAAAUAAUACACAGCUUUAACGUGAGCUUUUUCAAAACUAUUUUCUUAAUUGAGGAUUUAAUUCCAUGAAUGUAUGUUCCAUUCUUUAUCUGGUAUGAUUUCAAAACGGAAUGCCGUGAUCUAACUUUACUAAACUGUUUAUUAUAUUUGCUAAUGUUGUAUUAACUGAUAGUACAUUUUUAUGAGACUUUGGUAACGCCUAAAAUUAUGUAGAAAAUGGCAAAGUAAUAAUCACGUCGCACAGUAAUACUAUUUUGUAUAUGGAAAAAGGUCAUGUUUGUUUAUACCAUACUAUGCUGCAUGACUUUCAAGUUAUGUAAAACUAGCGUAACUGAUACACUGCAUCAAUUGCUAUUUUUCAACUCCUGUACAGAUUAAGAAAUAAACCUGACAUUGAUUUAGUGUUUUCAGUUAAA